AUGCCCUUGGCAAUCUAUACAAAACUGGGCAUUGGCAGGACUAGACCGACCUUAAUGUUGCUGCAACUGGCUGAUCGCACAGUCAAAAGACUGACAGGAAUUCUUGAUGAUGUGCUUGUGCAAGUGGGAAAAUUUGUAUUUCCUGCAAACUUUGUUAUUCUUGACUGUCAGGUGGAUGAAGAGAUACCCAUCAUUCUUGGAAGGCCAUUCUUAGCCACUGGGAGAGCAUUAAUUGAUUGUGAGAUUGGAGAGUUGAAAAUGAGGUUGAACAAUGAAGAAAUAAUAUUCAACGUUCAACAAUCCAUGAGAAGAUCCAGUGAAUUUGCAAACUGCUCACUAAUGGAGGUCGUGGAUAUGAUACUGCAAGAAGAGGAUGAGACCCUUAAUGUCAAGGAUCCACUAGAAGCCUGCUUAAUGAAUUUGGAAGAGAUGGAUGGUGAAGGGUUGGCAGAGUGGGUCAUGGCUCUCGAAGGUCAAGGAUUCUGGAAAAGGGAACCUUAG